AUGGAGGCACUUGUAGCGAAGGCGGUAGAACGCCUCGGGAGGAAAAAGCUAUGGCUCGUCGCACGCGCCAUGCGGCGGAUGGAUGCGGCGGACUACACGGUCGCCGGCGUCCGUGAUGCGCUGCGCCGCAUCCGCCUCUAUCUUGACGACGACGACUUUGCGGAGAUUGCCGCGCAGUUCGCUAGAAACGAUGGCGCCAGUUUUGACGUCGCCGCAUUUGUGCGCGCCUUGCUGGCGACGUUGCCGCCGCGCCGCGCGUACGCCGUCGGUCUCGUGCUGCGCAAAGUCGACCCGGAGUCGACCGGGUUCGUCAGCUUCGAGACGCUGCGGGAGGUGUACGACGUCAUGCGCCACCCGCUGGCGCUGACGCGGCGAGACGCGAGCGAACUCGUCGACGAGUUUCUCGCCGCCUUCGAGGAGGCACAGGCGGAGGGCGGCGUCACGACGGACGAACUGGCCGCGUAUUACGUCGGCAUCUCCCACACCACCCCGCAGGACGAGGACUUUGAGCUGCGCUGCAUCCGGAGCUUCUCGCUCGACCGACCGCGACCGCGACUCGACGAGGAACCCACCGCGUCCCUUGCGGAGAGAAAGCGUGGCAGAGCGACAGGGCACUGCGACGCGGGAAAGCACCCGCUGUACGAGACGACGUCAAUGCAGUACGGCAAGGACUGUGAAAAGGUGAAGUACAACGGCAAAUACGCACUAAGCCACUGCUUCACAAAGUACGCGCCAAUGCAGCACGCAGGUGGCGCCACCUCAAUGAACAUGUAA